AUGCAUAUGACAAAGGUCACCGCCAUCCUUGCCUUCGCCGCAAGCCUUGCCGCCGCCGCCCCGGGUGCCAAGCUCGCCGUUCCGGAGAAGCGCCAAACCACCGAGUUUGGCCCUUACCCUGAGGACAGCUACCAGGGCAGGGAGAACGGCAAGCGCCAGACUACCGAGUUCGGCCCUUAUCCUGAAGAUAGCUGCCAGGGCAAGGCGAGCCAGAGGCGCCAGACGACCGAGUUUGGGCCCUACCCCGAGGAUAGCUACCAGGGACAGGAGAAUGGAAAGCGUCAGACCACAGAAUUUGGCCCUUACCCUGAAGAUAACUACCAGGGCAAGGACAACCAAAGACGCCAGACGACAGAGUUUGGCCCGUACCCUGAGGACAAGUACGAGGGCAACACGAAACGCCAGACCACGGAGUUUGGUCCGUACCCAGAAGACAGCUACCAGGGCAAGGAGAACAGCAAGCGCCAGACCACUGAAUUUGGCCCCUACCCUGAAGACAAGUACGAGGGCAAGACCAGGCGUCAGACUACGGAGUUCGGCCCCUACCCUGAGGAUAGCUACCAAGGCAAGAGCUCGAAGCGCCAGACCACCGAGUUUGGGCCCUAUCCCGAGGACAAGUAUGAGGGUAACAGCAUGAAAGAGAAGCGUCAAACCACUGAGUUUGGCCCUUACCCCGAAGACAAGUACGACGGCAACAACAUGAAGGAGAAGCGUCAGACUACGGAAUUUGGACCCUAUCCCGAGGACAAAUAUGAGUCUACCAACUCCAAGCGCCAGACCACGGAAUUCGGACCCUACCCUGAGGACAAGUACGAGAGCAGCAACAUGAAGGAAAAGCGUCAAACCACCGAGUUCGGACCCUAUCCCGAGGACAAGUACGAAGCCACCGACAAGAAGGAAUAG